UUUCCCGGCAGAUCUGUUCCGAAGUCCCUGUGGCGACUUGAAAACACUACCACUCCUCAACAUGGCAUCCACACUCUCUACAUCCGGGGCCCAGGGGCCAGUGCUGUUUGAGGACCUGGCUGUAUAUUUUUCUCAAGAGGAGUGUGUGAGUCAGCACCCUGCCCAGAGGUCCCGCAGCAGAGACACGCCACAGGAGUGUUUGGAGGAUAUGGCAUUGAUGGGAGGAGAAGGCAAGAUUGAGAUUAAUCAGAAGCUAAGGCUAGAAUCUAUGGGACUUGAAGAGUUUGCCCUAGAAAAAUACUCCAUUGCUGUGCCCCUUGUCUAUUACCCAGAAAAAUCCUCUGAGCAUGGAGUUGGAAACCUUGAAAGGAAAAUGUCAGGUAGAACUCCUGCUUGCAAGAAAAGUUUCAUAAGCCUUUUAGUUACCAUUGAAAACCACACCCCUUUGAUAGAACUAUCUCAGUGUUUAGGAACCAGAGCACUUUCUGAAAUUCUUGAAUUUCCUGGGGAAGAAGCCAAAAAUUCAUACAAGUGUCCUGAAUGUGACCAAAGCUUCAGUGAUAGCUCAUACCCUGUUUCGCAUCAGAAAACGCAUUCAGGAGAGAAAAAGUAUAAAUGUGGUGACUGGGAGAAGAUUUUCAAUCACAGAGCCAACUUGAGAACACACCAGCGAAUCCAUACCGGCGAGAAACCGUUUAAGUGUGCCGAGUGCGGCGGCAGCUUCCGCCAGCACUCACAUCUGUCUCGGCACAUGAAUAUCCAUGUAAAGGAGAAACCCUACACCUGUGGCAUAUGUGGAAGAGGUUUCAUGUGGCUCCCAGGAUUGGCACAGCAUCAGAAAACCCACACUGCCAAAAAAGCCUGUGGUAAAUAUUUUGGUGAGAAAACAAAUCUGGCUUUGCCUGAGAAAAGGCACGGGUCAGCCAGCCGGCACCCAUGCAGUCUGAGCAGGAAAUGCUUUGGGCAGCCCUCGCACUUGGCCCUCCCCGAGUGGGGCCACGAGGACAACCCUGAACACUGCAGCGACUGCGGGGAAAAUUUGCUUUCAUUCUCAAAAUUCGAACCCUUAAAGCGUCCUGAGUGUUCACUGACCUUUCUUCGUAUCUCUGAGCUUAUCUCCCAUCAAAGCAUUCACAGAGGGGAAAAGCCCCAUAAAUGCAAACCCUGUGCAGAAUGUUUUAUUUUGGACUCAGAGCUUGCAUGCCACCAGAAGAACCAAGGAGAACCUUUUAAAUGUACCAUGUGUGGGAAAAGUUUCAGGUUGAAAACACAUCUCAUUGUCCAUCAGCAAAUCCAUGUGCAAAACACCACGUAAAUAUAGCAAGUUUUCAUUAAUGCUUGUGCUUCUCAGUAUUUAUACUGAAAACUGGGGCACAAUUACUAUGUGCCAGGUACUGUGCUAAGCAUUUUACACACAUUCCAUGUAAUAUAUCAUUUAAUUUUCACCACAACCUUGAUUUAGGCACCAUGAUUUCUGUUUUAUAAUCGAGGAAGUAUAGUCAGUGUCACAGCUACUGAACAAAGCCAGAAUUCUAACUCAGUAGCUCAGUUACUAUCCAGAUUCCAUUUGUAUGAGCCGGAGAAAGAUACAGAACUUAUAAAAAAAAAAUUCAGUUUUCACUAAAAUGAAGGUUAUUGCUAGAGUUCUUUUAAUUUUGUUUACAUGAUUUUUAAGUAAGUUUUAGAAGGCAAAUUUAUUUAUUUGCUAGUUCUGCAGAUCUAGGAUCUAGGAAAGUAAGUACCUUUAUAUAUAUUUUAUACUUUUUUUUUUUUUUUUGCUGUAACAAUCAGAAUGUAACGUUUGUAUGAGAUUAUUGUUUUACAUAUGAAUUUCUGGAGGGGUUUGGAAGCUUUUUUCCUUCCAUGUGAAGUGUUCCCAAAUGGGUUGGACUAGUUAGUGUCGAGGUGGCUGUUAGUAUCCGUGAAGUUAGUAUCCAUUCUCAGAUCUGAUGCCACUGGCCUUUGUGAUUCAAGUGU